AUGUACAUGGACGCGCCGAAGUCGCUGGAAACAGCUACAAGACGCAUGGAAGGACGUAGUACGCAAGACAGCUUUGUGGCUAUUACUGAGAUUAUGCUAGUAUUCGGGUUAGUAUUUGACUGCUGCGAGGAGCGCGUUGACAGCUACGGAGCUGUCAACCAUAACGCGCACGACGAGGCGCCCGAGGAUCGCUUUAGUACCAACCUCGACGCAGCGUGGAUAACGGCUAACAACUACCAUGACAAGCCUGAUGAUACCGCCAUCUAUUACACCGUUACACUACUCCACCCGUACUACGCGACCUAA